AUGCACGGAGAGUCUUCGAAAAGAGUUCUUAUUCAAGACCCACCUUGGAUUUCAGCUCUUUUUUGGAAGGGUAUGUAUAAAAUAGCCAAUAAAAAAGUGAAGGUAGAGUUCAAGGAUAUUGAGAAGAGGAAGUAUAAUUUGUUAAGGAGGAGGCAAGUUAGGGAAGAGACCGAGGCGUGGGAGAGAAUGGCCGAGGAGUAUAGGGGUUUAGUGAGGGAAAUGUGUGAGAGAAAGUUGGCACCUAAUUUGCCUUAUGUUAAAAGUUUGUUCUUGGGGUGGUUUGAACCAUUGAAAGAGGCUAUAGGGAGGGAGCAGAAACUGGAGAAAUCCAAGAAGCAGAAGUCGGCAUUUUCUCCCAAUAUUGAAUUGUUGCCAGCUGAUAAAAUGGCGGUCAUUGUUAUGCAUAAGAUGAUGGGGUUGGUGAUGUUGGGACAUGAAGAUGGGUGCGUGCGUGUUGUCCAGGCUGCAGUGCAGAUUGGCAUGGCUAUUGAGCAUGAGGUUAGAAUUCAUAAUUUCUUGGAGAAGACCAAGAAUUACCAAAGGAAGAAAAUGCAUGACGUUCAAGAGAGUAUGGACAAGGAGAAGGAGAUGCUUAGGAAACGUGUAAAUAGUUUGAUUAGAAGGAAAAGGCUCAUUGAGGUCCAAAAUCUGGUGAAACAGGAUGAAACUAAACCUUGGAGUCGAGAUAAACAAGCAAAGCUCGGAAGUCGUCUAAUAGAAUUAUUAACUGAAACAGCUUAUGUACAACCUCCAGUUAGCCAGUCAGAGGGUAUUCCACCGGAUGUUCGACCUGCAUUUAGGCACAUAUUUAAAACUGUAACAAAGAACCCAGGGCAGAAAAUUGUGAAGAAGUUUGGGGUUAUAGAAUGUGAUCCUCUCAUCCUCACAGGGCUUGAUGGAACGGCUAAGCACAUGUUGAUUCCUUAUUUUCCAAUGUUGGUGCCUCCAAAAAAAUGGAGAGGGUAUAGUAAGGGUGGUCACUUGUUCUUGCCUUCAUAUAUCAUGCGCACUCAUGGAUCUAGGCAGCAACAAGAUGCAGUCAGGAGUGUUCCUGGAAAACAGAUGCAGAAAGUAUUUGAGGCCCUGGAUACACUUGGAAAUACCAAAUGGAGGGUGAAUCGAAGAGUGCUGGAUGUGGUGGAGAGGAUAUGGGCAAGUGGUGGUAACAAUGCAGGCUUGGUCAAUCGAGGAGAUAUUCCUAUACCAGAGAAACCUUCCUCAGAUGAUCUAACAGAAAUUCAAAAGUGGAAAUGGAGUGUGAGGAAGGCAAAGAAAAUAAACCAAGAGAGGCACUCCCAAAGAUGUGACACUGAACUUAAGCUUUCUGUUGCUCGGAAGCUGAAAGAUGAGGAGGGAUUUUAUUAUCCUCACAAUCUUGAUUUUCGAGGUCGUGCAUACCCGAUGCACCCACAUUUGACUCAUCUAAGUUCCGAUCUUUGUCGAGGAGUUCUGGAAUUUGCAGAAGGAAGGCCGUUAGGGAAGUCUGGAUUACAUUGGUUGAAAAUACAUUUAGCAAACUUGUAUUCAGGCGGGGUUGAAAAGUUGUCGCAUGAUGGCCGUCUAGCAUUUGUGGAAAAUCAUCUAAGUGAGAUAUUUGAUUCAGCAGAGAACCCUGUCAAUGGAGAACGCUGGUGGUUAACAGCUGAAGAUCCUUUCCAGUGCUUAGCUGCCUGCAUUAAUCUGUCAGAAGCCUUAAAGAGUGCAUCACCACAUACUGUCAUCUCCCACCUGCCAAUCCAUCAGGACGGUUCAUGUAAUGGUCUACAGCACUAUGCAGCCUUGGGAAGAGACAGUCUGGAAGCAGCAGCAGUUAACUUAGUCGCUGCAGAGAAACCUUCAGAUGUUUAUUCAGAAAUUGCUGCUAGGGUCCAUGAAAUAAUUAGAAGAGACAGUAAUAAGGAUCCUGCUACAAACCCACAUGCUUUAUUAGCCAAGGUCCUAAUUGAUCAGGUGGAUCGCAAAUUGGUUAAACAAACAGUGAUGACCUCAGUGUAUGGUGUCACUUAUGUUGGGGCACGCGAACAGAUAAAAAGAAGGUUAGAGGAGAAGGGUCAUAUCACAGAUGAUAGACUGCUCUUCAGUGCAGCCUGUUAUGCCGCUAAAGUGACAUUGACUGCACUAGGAGAGCUGUUCCAAGCUGCACGCAAUAUAAUGGGCUGGCUUGGUGAUUGUGCAAAGGUUAUUGCUUCAGAAGAUCAGCCUGUUCGGUGGACAACUCCACUAGGUCUUCCUGUCGUGCAGCCGUACUAUAAGAGCGAACGACAUCUUGUAACUAAAUUUGGUGUUGCAGAUAAGAACUUCACUUCAGGUUUUGGCCUUGCAACGGGAAGGCAGUUCGGUGUUCAUGACUCUUUCUGGACACAUGCAAGAGACGUGGAUUUGAUGAAUAAGAUAUUGCGGGAAAAAUUUGUGGAGCUUUAUAACAUGCCAAUACUUGAAAAUUUACUUGAAGACUUCCAGACAUCAUAUCCAACAUUGAAGUUUCCACCUUUGCCUGAGAGAGGCAACUUUGACCUGCAAGAAGUUCUUAGAUCUCCUAAAGGUGGUGAAGAGAUGCCUGGUGCCAUUGGCAAGUCUAAGAUCUCGAAGAUUUUCACAAGAAACAGUCCUUGCACUGUAAUUGUGAUCAAACCAGGAAGGGCCAUUUCUAGCUCAGAGGAUGAAACCACCCAACUGGCACAUUCAUGUACACACAGAGGGAAACUCUAG